AUGUCUCAUACCGUAGAUGAAACUGAUGUUCAACAGGCUGCUCGUGUGCUUUUGGGGUGUGAUUGCGCACCGCCGGCUGGGUCAAUUGUUUGUCGCGAUUUCUCGGAUUUGUCGCUUGAAGAUGCCAAAAAAGAGUUUGCCUUUUCCCUUGCUGCGUCUGCUUCGCCAGUUCACAUGCAACAUGUCUCCGCACUUCUAGAUGGACAGUGGGCUGUCGCAACUAAUAACACCGUCUGCAUUGAUAUCUUACUAUCGUCGAAAGCUCCCGUUCAAAGCGAAGAUAUGAUCAAAGAGUCACCCCUUCAGGUGGCUGCACAACAAGGCUCAGAGGACGUCGUUAGAAGAUUACUUUGUGCUGGUGCGGAUCCGUUCCGAUCCACUAUCGAGUAUGACUCGUCGAAGGCUUCGUUUCGCUUUAUCGGAGAGUUCAAGAGGCUUCCGAAGAAUACUCGAUUAGCACUGCAGGAGGCACUGUACUAUGCAGUUGAAACGGGUCAGCCUGAUUGCGCUUUGCAACUAUGGAAAUGUGUGCCAGAUAUACCUUGGAACAUGUACACUUGGACUCGGGCCCUCGAAUGUGCAGUUGAACAUCGACAUCAGCAGUUCACGUCUUCACUUCUUUCACAUUUUUGGCCCUCGAUGUUCCCCAAGUUGGAUCAGGAUAACAUAGAUUACUGUAGCUAUGUGGUCGAAGGCGAAAAUGUCUAUGCUCAUCGCAUUAUGCUAUACAAUGCCUCCGAUCGUUUCAAAGAACUUUUGAAAAUUCCAAAGGGUAAUCUGGAUAUAACUGACGUCUCACAUAGCACAUUUUUGGCGAUGUUGCACUACAUCUACACAGGAGUUAUUCCGGAUUUAUCUGUUCAAGCACUUUGUUGUCUAUAUGCUGCCGCCGAGGUGCACAACAAUUCUAUUCUCCUGGAGAAGGGUGAAAACUUCAUGUUGACGAAUCUAGAUGCCCUAAUCACUCAGGCAAAGAUACGGGAUUUGCUCAAAAGUCACUCGGCAGACUACUACGUUUGUGCCGCCUUAUCUAAAAGGCUUUCCUCAGCUUUUGCUACAAGUAGAACCGAAAAAUUAUAG